UUCUGCAUGUUCCUCCUGCUCUUUGUGGUGAUGUUUCGAAUAUUCAUUCGUCGCGAAAGGUUCGACCUCUUUGUGGUAGCUUUUAGUGUCUAUCGUUUCCAGCUGCUUUGGGCCUUCGAGGUUAAAACUCGUAUGGCUUUCAUAUUGAUUAUAUCCAGUAGUAUCCACAAAUGUGUCUCUAUCGCGCAAGUCUUCAUCGUUGUAAGCAUCUGCAUCACUUUCUACAUCACUAACUUCCAGUCCAAUAUUGGAGUAUUCUCCUGGAUCCACAGGGGCGAUAUCAAGAGAUUUUGUGUUGGGAUUAUUGAGGGCGUCUUCUUGGGAUAAGGGUAAAACACCGUAGGGCACGUAAUUGCUACUUGCAGCUUUAACUGGAACAUCAAUGGGUUUUGGGGGCGCUUGUAGAGGUAAAGCCCCAAUAAAUAGCCCCUUAGUUGGCUCCAAUUGAGGCUGAAGUUCAGGGUUUGGUUGUAUUGUUGCCGGCGUACUGGACUUGAUAGGAGAAGCUAAAAGAAGCGCUAUCACUGCGAAAACCUACAAAAUUAUAUUUGCUUUCAGAUUUUUUAUUUGUUUUUUGAAUUUACCCACUUUUGCUCCCAUGUUGGUGCGUCACUUAACUGCUUCACAACACGCUGAGACUGUUGAGUGAUAAUUCACGCGAUAUUAAUUUAUAAGUGACUUUCCACCCAGAAGCAUAUUGAACGGAGGUAAUUAUGGAUCGCAUGUUCAAAAGUAGCGAAAAAGCAAUACAGGAAUGCAUGAAAAUGCUCAAUUAUGCUUAAAAUACAUCGUACUGUUUUUGUCAUGGCCAGGCAUGAAUAAAACGUAUUGAAGAAAACUAUUUUUUACCGACAAGGAGAAGUGAUAUGGAAAGCUCAGUGAUGCGCCAAUAUUCUUCAUUGAUAAAAAUCGAAUUGAAUGAAUAUUCGUAUCCUUAAACUUUCAAAUCUUGGCUGCUUGCUUCGUAAGUUUUUCCUCAAGAGAAAUUGUUUUUUUUUGCUGCAAAUUCCUGGGGUGUAGAAAAUAAAAUUGAAUUGAAAUGAAAGUAAAUUGAAUUAAUGUAAAAUAUGUAGGCACAAAUAUUAAUGAUUGAGACUGCAACUAUUAUGUAAUUAAACGCAUAACUUGGAUUCGAUUUGUUUCAGGUGCUAUCAACAAAUAUGGCAUUUGAUCAUAAGUUCCAAUAGGGCAAAACAAAUGGCAACAAAUCUAGACAAUUAUUUACAAACUCGUGAAUACACAAAUAUAGAAAGCUAUUUAAAGUGUUAACUAAUUCGCUAAUUUUGGCGUAAAUAUUAAAUUCUAGUUAACACAAUAUCACUACACUUACUGCACCAUUGGCAUGUGUAGAAAAUUAAUUAAAGCCCGGUAAUGUAGGAAAGUAAUCGCGGAUUUAUGGCCAGUUGUAAAUAAUAAGAUUCAGAAGACAAAGCAAUAACCUGAUAGACUUCAUACACUGCUUGAAUUCCCCAUUAUCUUAGUUAUUAAUUUCGUUUAGGUAAGUGUUGAAAUUUUGUGUUUAUUGUUACAUGAAUAAUGAUCUUAACACAACAAUUGUAAAACAAUAUUCUUGUAAUUUGAUAUACGCGCCGGGAAAAAGUGCCCAUAUUUUUGUUGCAGAUAAAUAUUAUAUAUGAGCCGAACACGACAGAUAUGUAAAUCUGUGUAUAGGAAAGAAAAAAACACAUUUAUGUUUUAGCACAUGCUCUAUCUGCUGGGUGUUGCAGAUUUGUUGUGUUUUCUCUCUUCGUAAUGCUUGCAUUUCAAUCUGCCUUGUUCCAUUGGUACACUUUUUUGCCGCUGUUGAUAUGUAUAUUAUCUAGUCAGUUAUCUAGGCAUCAAUAAAUCAUAAAUAACUAAACGAAUAUAAAUAGAAACAACUUUUUGAAAAAAUUGGAAAGCUCUUUCCGGGUCAGAAAACUAUUAGAACCUAUUUUUGCUUAUACUUUGUUUGCUGAUAUCAACUGGAGCGACAACAUCACUAAAAAUAGUGACAAAUAUUCUAAUAAUUUUGUGAUCCGAAGAAAACUUUCGAAUUUACACAUAAAUAAGUUUUUAAUAAGUUUUGCAUUAUUACGAUUUAAUUAAUAAUGGUUGCUAGACCAGUUUGACUGUUUUGAAGAAUCGAAAUAUUGCGAAAACAACAGCUUAAUUUAAACAUUUUUUAUAUACAUAUGUAAUGUAAAUUUAAGAUAACAAUGAAAGUUCAGAGAACCCAAUUUCCUAAAUUGUAAUAUUUUGUUAGACAGUGUAGUUUCAGAAUAAUUGAAAAAACAUCUUCCGUGCGUGAAUGCACUGUAUCGUGCAGCCAUCCGAAGACUCUGUAAACUUAUUAUAAAAGCGAAAUGGGCAAUUAUUGCUAUCAGUCAUUCUCAGCUUGGUGUUCAAUAAUUUAGGUUUGCAUCAUGGGAGGCUGGGACCGCAAUGUUCUACUUGUGUCAUUUACAUUCGUUAUAUUUGCUCAUCAAAUAGACGCAUAUGAACUCAGCCCUUUGUUGAGAAAAUCUAAAGAUACCUCUAAAGUCGAACUGAUUUUUCAUCAUGCACAAUUAAGACCAUCGUCUCCACCAUCAGGAUUAAUUAGACAAAAUAAGCAAGCACAUGAAAUAACUAAACGCGCUAACGAAGAAAGUAACCAUUCUCGAUCAGAAGACGAUUCCUACGAUGUGGCGUUAGAGGAGCAAGCAGAGCGUACUGUCGAAGAACAAUUUACACAUGGAAAAACGGAUAAAACUGACCGAACAACUCAAACAGGACACGAAGAAGCCCAAAGCAGUCGCAGAAACUUCAUCGGUCACGAAAAAGGAAAUAAUCACGAUGAUCAUCACAAAAACGAAAUUCACUAUCACCAACACAAACAUUUGCACGAACACGAUCAUGUUCAAGAGCACAAACAUCAGCACAAAGACGAACACAAAUCUGUACAUCAUCACGAGCACAAAUCGCACGCCGAUCACAAGCAUCAUCACAAACAAGAACAUGAUCAUCACCACCAGGGUAAACAUGUUCAUGAAGUUCACGCCGAACAUAAGCACGAGCACCAUCAGAACCACAAACACCAUCACAAAGGCGAACAUAAACACGACCAUCAUCACAAAAACGCGCAUGAGCAUUGGGAAGAUCAUAGUCACAAACACAAAGAAGAAGCCAAACAUUCACAUGAGGAAAAAUCGGAACACCAACAUGAUCAUCAUCAUGAGCACAAGCAUCGAGCGAAGCACCAUCACAAGCACAAAGCUCAUCAUCAGCAUAAGCAUAAGCAUCAACAUGGCAGCAGCCAUCAUCACACACAUAAGAGUCAUCACAAAGUUAAGGUUAAUUAUAAGAAGCAUGGUUGGUAGGUUUAUUUAAAACCGUUUUGAUUGACGAUUUUGUUUUGAAUAUAUUCAGCUGUUAAAUAUAAAAAAAUGAUUGAACAUUCUUAUUUACGCCGACUGGGGUUUACGUUGAUCAUAUCCAUACGAAAACGACGUUAUUUACGAUCGAGCAAAGUGGUCUAAGAAUUGGACCAUAUGAAUUAAGAGACUGGGCAUUGGUCGGCUAUGCAUACACUUUACACCCACUUGCGUUGGCGACAGUUCGACAUACUUAAGAGCUAAAAGGUCCAUAAAUCGUACAUAUCUUUUUUCUGGGUUGCAUAUUGCUUCAUUCAGCGAACAAAAGCCGGACGCUAGACGCCGCCUCUCAAUCGAAAGAGUUCUUUUCGUACUUAGUGGGCAUUUAGGAAUUUAUGACAAACCUCUUGCUGUGACUGCCACUUCUCAAGUUUCAACAGUGAAAUGACUCACUUUUGGUUGGCAUUGAACUGAGACCUAUCCGUCAUAGAGUAAGUAAAAUAAUUAUUUUACUUUCUCUAUGCUAUCCGUAUAGAAAAUAGAGCUGGGUCGAAAUGGUCAAGAAAACCUAUUUUAAAUGGCUGCUAAAUACUUGCCAUAAUAUUAACCUAAUGCUGGGGCGGCCUGAUGAAUCACACGGAGUUUGAACCAAAAACCAAGUAUUUGCUUUAAAAUCUAAAAAUAAUUCAAGUAUGUACGUUUUACUGACUAUUAGAUCUAACACACGAUGAGGUUAAGUUUAAAUCACUAUAUUUAAAGCUAUUGAGGCCAAGGAGAGCCGAAACGCUUAUGUACGUGCGAGGCUUACAAAAAACGUUUUGACAAAAGACGUAUAGAAAAAUUCUCAAAAAUCUUAUCCGUAGGCAGGGUGGCCCUUUGCGAAAGAUAAGGAAUUUAGUCAAACGAAGACUUCUUUCCUUUCCGUAAUAGAAAGCCUUAAAAUUAUUAAAACAAUAUUUUUUUUAAAUCUCUAGUUUUAAUUGAUUUUUUCGUCAAAGUUAUCACAUUUUUCGUGCAGAAGUCAUGCAUUUUAUGAACCGACAUUAAGAAAAGAAAUUUAACGUUGGUACGACAAGAACAUGCCACAUUUUACAUCGGCAUGUUUCAAAAAUUAUUGGGAAUAUUUUUUUCAAACACGUGAAACAAAUCCGAAUCUGCGCUUAAAAGUAAUGAAUAACAUGUUGAAAUUGCUAUCCGAAUCCCUCAACGUUAUCAAAGAAUAAUCAUGAAAAUCGCGGCUGUUUCACGCUUAAUGGAGCAAAUCGUGAAACUGGGAUUUUCAUCAUUGAAAUGACAAGAUGCAAACUUUAUGAAUGAAUCUGUUUUACGUGCACCAGAUGGGAUUUUGUGCAGACCAAACUUGAGUUGCUUGUCUUAAGAGGUGUAAAAGAGUUUGUUAUCAAUUGAGUGAAGUGCUGUUUCACUACUGAAAGUGAGAGUCAGUAAAUAUUUGAUAAAACGAAAAUUAUAGCCUUAGCAGAAGAAGUUUGUAAACUUUUGAAUUUACUUAGUCGUAUUUACUAAGUUGAAUAUACUGAAUAAAGAGGAGACAACUGUUUUGUUCAAUA